GCCAGUAGUAAGAUAGCAAACUUUGUCAGAGUCACGUAAUUAACCUACAUGUACUCAUUGCAAGUAACGCCGCAUGUCAUCAAUCACAAUAAUAAGAAUAUUAUUGCAAAGCAAGAUUACCAGUAAACAACCGCCGCACAGCCGAUAGCAGCGAACACAUUCGCGAUUAGCAUCAUCGUAAAACAAUUCUCUGCAUAAAUAAAACCUCAGGCCCGCCGCCGUCUCGCUACGUCCCUGCGUUCGAUGGUGGGGGAGCCAGAGCGGCGCGCAUGCGCUUAGCGCCGCGAGUGGCCAGCUGUGCGUGGACGUGAAACGCGACGCGGCUGGCAGUGGUGGCUGGUAGGAAAGCAAGCGAGCGAACGAGCGAGCAAGCGAGCAAGCAGACAACACAGCCGGAGCGACUGCCCUCCUCCCGUUUCCCCCCACCCCUAAAGCAUGCCACGGAGAGCCCAUGGCCUCCGUACACACGGAGGAGAGUGAGGCAGCCCCAGCCGCUCCUCACGUCAUCCGCUGAGAGAGAGACGACGGGCCUCGACACGGCGAGGAGCAAUAAUUCUAACGAGCCAAGAUGGCGGCGGACACGGUGGCCCUGUCCGCGCUCACGCUCGCCAGGGGCGACAAGAUCCUCGUGACCGUCGAGUCCGCGCUACCGGACAUCGUCGUCGUGUCCUUCGUUCACGGUGCCAAGUGCUUCCAGGGCGCGUUGCUCGACGCCACCAAGAGAGGCCUGCCCUGCGGUGUACAGCCCCCAGAACCAGUACCCGAUCCCGAUGGCGACAAACUCGCGACGAUCGCGGCUCGUUUCAGCUACUUCCAGGAGAGGAGCAGCUCCCUGGCCACUGCCAAAGUCGAUCUCCGUAGGAACAUUAACCCGCCGGCCAGGUACAAGAAUGCACGGCCGACGGUCAGGCUCAGGCCGCGGCAGGUGCUCUGCAGCAAGUGCAGAUCGAUCUGCAACGAGAACAGCGAGAACGUCGACGUCAGCCGGAAACGGAAGCACGACGAGGUCCAGCAGGAACAGCAACAGUCGCAACAACAGGUGACCGGUCACGGAUCGACGAGAAGAAGCGACCGCCGCUGCGGCCAGCAGCCGCAAAAAGCAUCGAGAAUAUUGUUCUCCGAGUGUCAAUCCGAAAACAUCACAGUGUCUUCCCAUCAGCCAACAAAAUCCUCGUCGUCGUCAUCGUCGUCGUCGUCUUCGUCGUCUUCGUCGUCAACGGCGGCUUUGAGCCCCGACUCGUCGAAGUUGGCACCGUCUCUCAUACCCAAAAUCUCGAGACUCCAGCCGAACGAGAUCAAUAACGCCACACAGGGAACUGAAAAGGUGAAGAUCGCGCCAUCGUACUGGAACAACAGACGCGACGCGGGUGGUUCGUCCGUGAACGCGUUGGAGCCGACGGAGGAGCGCAUGGAGUCGACGGACUGCGACAGUAAUCCGUCGAUGGCGUACUGCGCGACCCCCAGAAGGCUUAGCAGUUCGUCAGUAGAAAGCGCGAAGAUACCGGAAGAGGAUGAGAAGAAGACGUUCGCGGCGGCUGACUCGACGAUGAGGCCGCGGGCCGGCCGCGUUCCGCGGAAAAAGCGGUCCGUCGGCUCGAUGGAGGACCUCUGGGACGAGACAGUGUUCGAGGACCCGACGAGAACUGCCAGGACCACGCCGGUCAUCAAGAUCUCGUUCGGGGCGCAAGGCGAGGGCACAGUGUUGAAGAUACCCUCGAAGAUUCAGGACCCGGAGUACGAGCAAGAGACGGACGAGGCGGAAGACGCGCAGACAGAGACGGAGAGGGAUCCGCUCGAGUUGCCUAGGACGUUUGAGAACGAGUACGAUUACCGUGAAGACUGCGAGGAGGACGGCCAGGAACAGGUCGAUCCUCAGAAGCAAGGGGUGAAGGACGCUAGCGCGAAGGCAGCGAAACGAGCGCUGAAGAAGGCUAAGAAGGAAGCUAGGAGGAAGAUGUUAGGGGGCGUUUCGCCUGCCAGAUCGCCUUGCAAUGGAUCACCGAGAUACAAUCCCACCUAUGACACGCUGUCGUACCACCGUCGCAAACAUAAAGUGAAGCAUAAAAAGAAGCACAAGGAGGACAGGAAACACAAGAGUCAGCAGCAAGCGCAUCAGCAGCCGUGUUUAGAGACAGGCGCGGAGAAUCAGCAGAACUGGAACGUGUUGCCGGGCAGCGAGUCGUACACAGCCAUAAAGGAGCAGUGCCUCAAGCAGAAGUUGUCCAUAUCUCUGAAGAGAUUGAACACGAACGCGUACGCCAGAUGCGAUUAUCCUGUCAGCAACGCGUCCUCCGGUUGCAAGAGUCCUGGCGCCAGCAGCGACGAGCUGAGCGAACAGGAACCGGAGGUGGACGCAGGCGAAACCGCCCCUGACUUCCCCCCGCAGUCUCAUCCCCUGAUGAUGCGCCUCGCCGCCACUCCCGUCGAGCAUUGCCUCACUGCCAAUGGCAGGAGAAUGGACGUCGGUGACGUUGUAUGGGGAAAAAUUCAUGGAUUCCCUUGGUGGCCUGGGAAGGUUCUUAGUAUCACGGUUUCUUGUAAAGAAGAUGGUACAUCCUCCGGGCCCCAGGCACACGUUGCUUGGUACGGCUCUUCGACGAGUUCUCUGAUGUCGUGUGACCAGUUGAGUCCAUUUUUAGAAACGUUCAAGACUCGGUACAACAAAAAGAAAAGGGGGCCGUACAAGGAGGCGAUACGGCAGGCGCAGAACGAGGCCCGAAGUCAGAUCACGCCUAACUUGACGAGCAGCGUGCUGAACGUGUGCGGCUCGCCGCGCGAGGUGAACGUCCUCUCCUAAGGGAAGGUGCGCGGGCCACCUGACACCAUUC